UCGUUUGACUGGCAAGUUGUUUGUUACAUUCUGAAACAGCAGCAGCUUUUCUGCACUCUCGAGCUCCCAACUCUCUUCCCAGCUUCUGCUCCCCCCCACUCCUUAUUUUUUUUUCUCUCCUUUGCUUCUUUUCUUUCCUCAUUCCUUCUACUUCUGGAUUUAGCAAUAACACCUUUUCCUAUAUUUUCCCCCGUUUCUUUCUUUUUAAUAAUAAAUACCAUAUUCCACCCCCUUCCUAAAGUCAUUAUUAGCCUUCCCCCCACUGCUUCUCUCUGCCUGCGCUGGAAAACGUAAAAAGGAAAGACAGUGGAAAAAUACUCUGGUUGAGUAAGGGGAGGGGGGCGAGAGAGAGAGAGAGAGAAAGAGAAACAGCCCACAAGAAAGCGGAGAAUCGAAACAGAUGAACUACAAAUGAGAAAGAAAAAAAAGAUGGAAUUGCACAUUUUAGAGCACCGCUUGAAAGUAGCGAGCAUAGCGAAAGACAGCAUCCAAUUGUUUACCUAUGGAUUGAUCAAACUGGCGUUCCUCUCCUCCAAGACCAGGUGCAAAUUUUUCAGCCUGACUGAGACGCCGGAAGACUACACGGUCAUAGUGGAUGAAGAAGGAUUUUUAGAGCUCCCUUCAUCAGAACACUUGAGCGUAGCAGAUGCAACAUGGUUGGCCCUCAACGUCGUCUCGGGAGGAGGUGGCUUCUCCGGCUCUCAGCCUAUCGGUGUGACCAAAAUUGCCAAAUCAGUCAUAGCUCCACUAGCCAGUCAGAAUAUCUCAGUAUUUAUGCUCUCCACCUAUCAGACAGACUUUAUUCUGGUGCGCGAGAGGGACCUGGCCUUUGUCACACACACCCUGGCUUCUGAGUUCACCAUCCUCAAAGUCGUGAAUGGGGAGACUGUGGCUGCCGAUAACCUUGGGAUAACCAAUGGAUUUAUGAAACCAAAACUGGUUCAAAGGCCUGUCAUCCACCCCCUUUCCAGUCCGAGUAACAUGUUCUGUGUCACCAGCCUGGACCCUGAUACCCUUCCCUCUGUUGCUACACUCCUUAUGGAUGUCAUGUUUUACUCCAAUGGAGUAAAAGAUUUAGUGGCAAGCAAUGAAGAUUCUGAACACAUUCGUUUUUUCUCAUUUUCUCUCAUUGAGGGAUACAUUUCUUUGGUGAUGGAUGUACAGACGCAGAAAAGAUUUCCUAAUAAUCUGUUGUUUACAAGCGCAUCAGGAGAACUCUGGAAGAUGGUUCGCAUUGGAGGGCAACCUCUCGGCUUUGAUGAGUGUGGAAUCGUGGCUCAGAUCUCUGAGCCUUUAGCUGCCGCAGAUAUCCCUGCCUAUUACAUCAGUACAUUUAAGUUUGAUCAUGCACUGGUUCCAGAAGAAAAUAUCAACGGCGUUAUCAAUGCACUCCAAGUCAGUCAACCUGAAAAAUAUUAAUUUUUUAUUUUUCAGAAUGGGACCCAGGUGUAUUUUAAGACAAAAAAUUCUUCUCAGUAUUUCCUAGCAAUGGGGUGGGUGAUUCUUUCUUCUUCUUUUUUUCUUUUUUACUCCAAAGAGAGCACGGGAGAAAUAUUGUCAUGCCACAAAGAAGUGAUGAAACAAAAGACUAUUGCAUAGGCGAUUUGACUCCCAGUAGCUUUUUACAAAAUAGUAAUAAAAAAAUAUCUUCAAGGCAAGGAGGAGAUGAAGAAAGAAUCUUUGGGAUUAAAAGCACUGUGAAGGUUUUUUGACAUUCAGCUCUGAAGCGAAAUGUCACUAUUAUGCUGUUUGUUUUUGUUUUUCCUUUGGUUGGUGUAGUUGGCAUAUGCCACAGUUGCAUUCUCACUGAAAAUGCGAACCUGGAAUUGCUGAUGGUGCCAUUUGAUCAGAAAAAAAAAAGCAGCGUGUUUCAUGUUGCUUGGAGAUCCUCUUGCUAGCCCGAUUGGGUCAACAUACCCAGACAUGACUGGAACAGGAAGUAGCAUUUUUCAAUCCGGGCUUGUGAAUGUGUUGGACUUCAACUUUCCUAACUUCUCAACCAACGUGGCUUUUCAGGAACCCGGCAACAAGCUCUCAUGGAUACCCUCUGGCCUGGGGCACGCCUUGUUGGUGCUCGCAAAACUCUUUAACGGCCCUUAGAACAUUGCAAUUGCAAUGGCCAAAUCUAGCAGGAUUUCGUAAGAUUUCCUGGAGAGUUCAGGUGACAAUGCCAAAACCCACCUCUUUGUGUGUGUGUGUGUGUGUGUGUGUGGUCCCUGCUAUCACGAGUGAUUAGAUCCAUCUCAUCGAAAGGUUGCUGAGUCCUGAUUAAGCUUCAUGACCAUCGUCCUAUCUCUUGGUUUGUCUCUGCAAAUUCUGAUCUGGGGUUGAUUUACAACGCUGGUCUGAUUAGUAUAGCAAGAAACCAGAGCCCAUGUUUAGAUUAUAACACUAAGAUUUCCCUCUCUGAUAAAUUCGUGUUAGCCUUGGAACUCAAGAGAUUGUUCUCCCUCCCCCCCUCAACCCUUGGAUGCAACACACACCACUCUUCCAAACAUUGCCAAUUACUAAAUUUAAGAUUGUUCAUGUGACUGAUAGGGAAACUUGCUUAAUAUGUAGGGAGUAAUCAUGUGAAUGGAACAGAUUUAAGUUCAUUUAAAUUAAACUAAACCAAAUAUAUAGUAGUCUUUGUUUUGGCCCUGACUUACCGCCCGUGAAAAAGGGUGGCUCUUGAUCCUGGCAGCUGUGCUCUGCCAGCUGUUGCUGCUGCCUCCAAAAUGGCCCAGCGUGGCUGGCAAGUACCAGGGUGCUGGUUAGCAACCAGAAACUAGAUUGUAUGGAUCGAUACUACAGUAGAAUACUGAAGGAGAAGAAAAUGUCGAAUUGUGUUGCUUCCUCUUGAGUAAACCAACCAUUUUAGACUAUAGUCCUACAUUUAGUAUGAAAUCCAGGAAUAUUUCUGGUUGUGCUAUUAACAUUGCAGCUGAAAAACAGAAUUGAAUGCUCCGGUUUUUAUUGGGAAGGAAGUAGAAAAAAAUAAAACAUGCAUUGAGAGGAAAACAGAGGAAUAGAAAGCCCUGGAUUUGCAACCAAAUCAACACAUACUGGGGGACACUGGAUCACAAGUGUUAAGACCUCCUGUGGAACCCCAUAAUGGUUAAGAAUAACCUUGCUGUGAUUAAUCCCAGAGUCAGCUCUUCAGUAAUAGCAGUCUUCACAAUUGUAUUGAUGGAAAUACCAGAUAAUGUGUAAACCAGGGGUCUUCAAACUUGACAGCUUUAAGACUUGUGGACUUCAACUCCCAGAAUUCCUCCCCCAGUCAUGUUAGCUCAGGAAUUCUGGGAGUUGAAGCCCACAAGUCUUAAAUUUGCCAAGUUUGAAGACCCUGGGUGUAAGCAAAUUAUUUGUGAAUGGCCUUUUAUCCCAAAAUUUUGGCUGAAAUAGUAUGUGUGCUAAGAUGAUAAUUGACAAAGUUUGCACAAGGUGACACUAGAAUGAAUGUGACGUAUACUCUGGCUUGCAAUUCUGACUAUUUUGCUAACACAGACAAUGGGAUUAAUUUUGAAAACAUGGUUAUGCGCGUAGCUAGACUGUUCUCCUUGCUGUCACAGCAGGCUUCCUUCCCCAUUUGACUUUCUUUUUUUUAAAAAAAAAAGGUCAAAAGGCAAGCUGACAACCAGGAAAGCUCACACCAACUGACUCAUUUAUGGGCUUUCUCUCAGAUGAAUGAUUUGUGAUUACCUGUGUUAUUUGUGGCUGCCAUUUUGUGGAUGAACACACACAUAUACCCCAGUGGCCAUUUUAUAAUUGCAGCUACCACAUGAUCUCGAAUUCCCAAAGGGUCCAAAAAGUUGCCUAGUUCUGUAUAUCCCAGUCUCCCAUGAAUGUGUGUAGGAAAUCUAUCUUGGGACUUCUGCUCCUCUCUGCUUUCCUCCAGAUUAUAGGGAAAGGAAGUCGUCUGGAUUCC